CUGCACCCGAUGCAAUUGUGUCGCAUGGCCACUGAACUAGCAAACAAACAAAUCCAGUAAGCUACAAGACGCCGUUCGGAGUGAUUGUUCUGAUUGUUCACCUCCCUUGACCAGACCGGUCGUUCGUUCACAAACGAGAACAACGAACGAACGAUGGCAAUAAAUAGGAACAAUUCUUUGCCAACGGGGUCCGAACAAUCCGGAUCCACGAUGUCGGUCCAGGACAUAGUGAUACGACGGCAGCAACAACUGCUCCUCGGGCGUGAAAACAUCAAGCUGACCGAGGACCAGCAGCGGCUUUUUCUCCAGCACGGAGCAAGUGACGGCAUCGUCCAAAGUAGCAGCAGCGGCGACAACGCACACGCCGUUGCCCCCGGUUACUGUGGCGAUUCGUCGCCCAUCGGUCUGUCUCCGAACAUCUCGCCCACCACCGUCAUAACCAGAAAGGCACUGGCUACUCGGCCACCACCAGGCACGCCGUGGCCACUCGCCGCCACACAACAACAACAACAUCAAGAGCAUCGGCAUCGGGACCAACAAUGGCAUCAGCAUCAACAUCAACAAGAACAACAAAAGCGACAUCAACUGCUACUACAACAGCAAUAUAACCACCAUUAUGAGCUACAUUAUCAGCAGCUGCAGCAGCAGCAUCAACAACAACUACAACAACAAAAAGAGCAACGACAGAGACAAACGGAGCAUGAGGGUGAUUUUAUCUGCUUGCACCCUAGGGACGAUACACGGUCCCGUGUCCGUUUUUCAACGGCUCUUUCCGUGUACGAUCAUUUCGAAGACGACGACAACGACAGCAACGACGGUUCCGAUCGCGCAACCAGGGAAAACCACCAGGGCGGCAGCCCGCUGGGGAUCAUCAACGAACAGACCGCAAACGCAACCGCAAGCACAGCUGCAGCGAGGACGCUCCCCCACGACUUGUUCCUGCGCCGCCGGGCCCGUCGCUGCUGGUACUCCCGCGAGGAACUCGCGGCGAUCAAGGCCGAGCGCAAGGCGAUCGUGAGAGCGAUCCGGGGGAACGCCCGUGGCAGCGCGGAUGCCCCGGGGCACGAGCUCCGCGGGCUGGAAGCCUCUCUCUCGGUAGGUAUCUGUCGUACCAUCCUGUUAUGCUGUGCCACAAUGCCUUUGUUUUCAAGUCCACGAAUGCCAACGGGUAUGCAUAAAUAUACAAAAGACCAGUGUUCGUAGCUCAUGUUCCCAUUUUCUUUGUCGUGUUUCCCCAUCGCUCAGCCCGCAAUCAAGGAGGCGACCUACCGAAAACGCAGGCAAGUCCUGGAGGUGGUGCUCGGCGAGCAACACCGGCAGCGAACACAAACGCAUCCUACCAAUUCCAAUACUACGAAUACUACUAUCAGGAGCAGCACCGGUCAACCCCUCGCCCCCGACGACGAAAAGCUGCGGCUCGCCAGCAGGGAGGCCACGGAGUGGUUCCGCAACCGGGCGCUCGAAUCCGCAAGGCAGGACGCGUCCGAUGCCCGCGAGUUCUACGAGAGCGGCGCCAACAACCACGACGCAACCAGCAUGCUGUACGAGUCGAUGUCCUCCCUCCACGGAUCCUUCGCCCUCAUGGACAUCGACGACGGCGCCGCCGGGGUGAUUUUUGGCAACGAAAACGAAAACGACAACUCGACGCUCCGGUAUUGGGCGGACUCCUCCUGGACCAGGAAUCUCAUGGAAGAAUAGCACGAAAAAUUAUCGAUUCCCGAAAAAACUUGACCUGCUAUUAUCUAUAUAGUUUUGCUUUAACAGUUUUGGAGUGCCAAAAUCUAUCAUCCUGUUUGGGGCUUGUGCGUUGCAAGAUGCAUGCUGCAGUACUCUAGUAUUGAUUUCGCUAGGGUGAGAUCUCCCAUCACUUUCGAUUGUUGUUUCCUAACUGUGUUGCUAUCCCCGGUAGCAUUGGUUCGUUUGUUAAUUCUUUCGUUCUGAGCAAUGCAACCCAUUUCCAACACCACAACUGUUUUUGGUGAAGAACACAGGAGCCGCAUUGCAACCAAGUAUACAUUGUAUCUUAUUUCCUUGAAACCGGAUACCGUAUUCUUCCUUCGUUCUCACUACGAGACUUGUUUCGUUUCGAUUCAAUGCUUCGUUACAUAUCGAGGUGCUCGUGCCACUCGUGCACCAAUUCCUUCCCCUUUUCAUCGUCCAUGCCCUGCCACCGGAUCAGUUGCUGGCCCUCAGACUUUUUCUUGAUGCGAUAGAGGACCCCAAACAGCACCAGCGCCAUGCCAAGGUACCCCACGUUUGUAACGGGGUGUCCGUAGAGGACGCAAGAGAGCGCGAUGCUGAGCAGGAUGCGGGUGGUCAUGAUUAGGGUGAAGACUACGGCACCAAAGUUCUUGAUGGUGUAAAAGAUAAAAAGCUGACCGAUAGUGCUGCAGAUGCUAAACACAAAAAAAUGCAGCUGGAUUUCCGAGUGCUCCAUUACAAAGGCAAAGGCGGGCGACAGCUCGUUCGUGUGGACCAGGGUGAUAAAGCUCAGGACGGUCGAAAAGGCACUGGUGGCAAACAUGAGUUCCACGAUGCUGAGAUCCAGAUGCCUCUGGAAGAGCCUUGACUGAAACUGGCUCGUGAAGGAAUCGAAAAAGAGGAAAAAGCACAGCAGCAUUACCCCCGUCCAUUUUGCGGACGCCACCUCCGCAUUCCCUAGAUAGUCCAUGCUAAAGCUGAAGCGCAGAUCGUCAGUGGAAGUCAUAAAGAGAGCGAUUCCGCAUCCGAUAACCAGGGCUACGAAAUAGUCGUAGGCAGGAUCUGUGGUUCCGAAACAACGCAAGCAAAAGUUCAAGAAAGAGCAAAAAUCAAUGAGCAAAAGUCGGUUUGAAUCGAAUUGAACCGAAUCGCAUUGCUGUGUGUCUAUACGCUGUACCUACAGUGCUUGUUGCCAAUAAGUUUCCCCAUGAGCAUCACGGGGCCGAGCUUGAAGCUCUUGAAGAGAGUCGUGGCCGGAAACGAAACGUAUCGAAGAGCUUCAUACUGGCACCAGCUGCUGAGCAUAUUGGAAAUAGAGGGGAAGCUGUAUUCGUAAAUCACCGUGCUUUGGCUGAGGCGUGGCUUGAGGUACCACAUGAGGGUGCUCGAUAGGAUCAGCGUCCACAACCGGUUUGAAAAGACGAGGGCGUACGUGUAGGUGAAGUAGUCCCCAGUGUGCCUCGGAUACCGGCGCGUCAGCAUGCGUUCCUGUAGUGCGCCCCAGGUCACAAAGGUCAGGUUCAGCAUCAGGGAGCAAAGCAAGAGGCGUUUGAUGACCUGCGCCCGGCUCGUUUGCUCCUGAUCGAAUUCCAGCACGCGGGCAGAAUGGUGAAAGUCGGACUCCCCCAUCAUGUCUGAGAGCAGGGGAUCUUCCUGGUGUUCGUGGUCUUCGUCGUAAUCUUCAGAAGAACCACGAUUUGCGCUGUCAUCGUCGUCGUCGUCCGAGUAAAGCGAUUCCAGGGCA